UUGCAUUGACUGGGGAAAUAGUCAGAUUGGUGACUUGGAUAUCAGAUGCCUCCCGAUUUGAUGUCAGAAUCGUACGCUUCGAUGCAGUGAUUCUUACCAUGAUAUUUUAUUCCAUUUUUGUACUAGUGGAGGUCUUAACUCUACUUGCCAAGUUCUUUAGCCCCUUCAGUCAGUCGGGUGGCAAACUGCCCGAGGAUCUACAGAAUCCCUCUAUGAAAUAUUACAUGAGAUUUGUCAGCUUGCCUUCUCUGUUAGUUUUCAAGUGGCUUGGAUGGCUGAUGCAUUUAGGCUACCAACGCCCACUGGAAAUCAGUGACUUAGGAGAUUUGCCCAAAAUGAGUUCCUCCCGCUGGAACAAAAACAUCUUUGAAAGAUGUCUACAGCAAGAAAAGGACAGAGUCGCCAGGCUAGGCGACGUCAACAAGUUUUCCCUCUAUCGUAUUAUGGCAAAGGCCUACAUCAAGUGGCAGGCCCUAGCUGUUGUGAUGAAGCUAAUGGCUGAUUCUCUCAACUUUGUGCCACCCCUCACCAUCAAUGGAAUCAUCACGUAUGCCAGUAACGUGUAUUAUGGAAAGGAAGAGAAAGACACCGAGUUCCCAGACUAUGUGACGGCAGGCGAGUUUUUCCACAAUGGCUUCGUGCUCAUCGCCAUCAUAUUCUUGGCCGGCGUUUCCCGCUUUGUCCUCUUGCAGAACUACUAUCACGUGACGAUUGUCUCCAGCAUCCAUCUCCGCGUUGGCCUGCAGGUUGCUGUUUAUGACAAAACCCUCCGUCUGUCCAGCCACACACUCACCAGUGGAGAAAUGACGACGGGCCAGAUCACCAAUUACAUGUCUGUUGAUGCCCAGAACAUCCAGACGAUGUUCGAGUUUGUACACUAUGCCUACUCCAUACCGAUCCAGAUCACUGUCUUGCUUGUCAUGUUGUAUUUCAACCUUGGAGUAGCUGCGCUAGUGGCAUCCUGUUGUUUUGUCAUCGGGGCUCCCAUUCAGUACAAACUGGCCAAAAUACAGGCCAUCGUAAAGAAAAAUGCCCUGAAAAUUUCUGACGAGCGCCUCAAGCAGACGCACGAGAUGCUCCAAGGGAUGAAGCUGAUCAAGCUGUAUGGAUGGGAGAAGAUCUUCUCUGAGGUCAUCACACUCGUCCGUACAAGAGAAAUCAAGCAGCUGACCAAGGCAGCCGUCCUGUAUUCGCUCUCUAAUUUCCUAAGUUUUACAACUCCCGCUCUUGUCACACUUUUGGGUUUUGUCCUGUAUUCAAGUUUCACUGGUCUCCAGUUGACGCCAGCCGUAGCGUUUACCACACUAGCCAUUAUCAAUCAGAUGCGACUGCCAGUGCAAAUGAUUCCGGAGGUGACAAACUUUGUGGUCAGUGCCCACGUCAGUGUGACACGAAUCAAGCGCUUCUUCUUAGCCGAGGAGAUUGAAACCAGUGACGAUGGGCCAGCUAAUUGCGUACAAAUUGAAGAGGGGGACCAGCUAAGCAUGAAGUACAUGAAACUCAAUGACUCUAGGACCCAAAUCAAAAACAGUGACUCGGACGGGGGCAUCCACGGUGAACUUAAUUCAAGCUUUGAUGCCGAUGAUCCUUCAGAUGUUCAAGUGGAGGUUGUGCAACCUGGAGGGUACACGAAUGUUCACAAUCACGAAUCACCAGCAUCUCCUCCCAGCUUACCAGAGGAUCUAGCAAUUAAGGUCACAAAUGGGACAUUUUCUUGGGACUCGGGGAGUAGUACUACACUGACUGGCAUCAACGUCGAGAUUCCAAAAGGCAAAUUGACCAUGAUUGUUGGCCAGGUUGGUACAGGCAAGUCAUCAUUGCUGUCAGCACUACUUGGUGAAAUGCACACACUCACAGGGACUGUACAGUUUAACAAGAAGGAGAAGGGUGUGGCCUACUCCGCCCAGCGUGCCUGGCUGCUCAACGCCUCCCUCAGAGACAACAUCUUAUUUGGACAAGAGCUUGAGUCGGAAAAAUACCAGGCGGUAGUGUCUGCCUGCUCCCUUCAGCCGGAUAUCGACAUCCUGCCUGGCGGGGAUCAGACAGAGAUUGGAGAGAAGGGAAUCAACCUGAGUGGAGGGCAGAAGCAACGAGUCAGCGUAGCCAGGGCCAUCUAUAGCCACCAUGACAUUGUCAUACUGGAUGAUCCCUUGUCGGCUCUUGAUGUCCACGUGGGCACUCAGCUGUUUGAAGAAGGGAUACUGGACUUACUGUUGGAGAACCAUCGCACUGUGGUACUGGUCACUCAUCAGGUUCAGUACAUCAAGUAUGCUCAUAAGGUGCUGGUGAUGAAAGAUGGUCGAAUCGCUCUCCAGGGAACCCCAGAUGAAGUCUGGAAGGCUGAUCCUGAGCUGAAGAUCUCCCGCAUCAUGACGGCCGAGUCGGACAUCUCUGAACCAGAGGAAGAGAGGAAACUGCUACAGAAAGCUGUAGAGGAACUGAAGAAAGAAGAGCAAGGAAUUGAAGCAGAAACAGAAGGCACCUUGAUGAGCAAGGAGGAGCGUGAGAAGGGCGCCAUCUCUUGGCGGGUCUUCCUCUUCUACACACGGGCCAUGUCGUAUUUGCUGGCCCUCCUAGCUCUGUCCAUCUUGCUGGCCUACAACGGCAUGAUGGUGGGCACCGACUUCUGGCUGUCGGCUUGGUCGGAGGCUGGAGACAGGCUGGACCUGGAGAAUGCGACAGACCAAGAGGUUGGCGACACCCAGAUGUACUACAUUGGUGGCUACACGGGCCUUGCUAUGGCCUCGGCCGUCUUGUCAUUUGUCUCCACUGUCAGCUGUUUUGUGGCCGGGCUCCUGGCAUCCCGCCAACUCCACAAAAGCAUGCUGAACGUCAUGUCCAGAGCCCCGAUGCGUUUCUACGACACCACUCCAAUUGGUCGCAUCCUGAACCGAUUCUCGAGCGACGUCCACACUGUUGAUGAUCUCCUUCCUACAGAUUUCCUUUUUCUGUUCGAAGCAACAUUCAAAUGCUUGUCGGCCAUUGUCGUCAACACCAUCGUCACGCCGUUUUUCAUCCUGGCAAUUCUGCCCGUCGCUGUUUGUUACGUGCUGCUGCAGCACUAUUACCUGAGAACCUCAAGGGAGCUACAGAGGCUUGACAGCAUCACCAAGUCGCCAAUCUACGCCCAUUUUUCAGAGACCCUGAGUGGACUUUCAACCAUCCGUGCAUACAAGGACGAGGAGCGAUUCCAGAAGAAUAUCUUGGAUGCAAUUGAUAGGAAUGUCCUGGCAGAUCUCAAUCUGAAUACCUGUAACCGUUGGCUGGGAGUGAGACUGGAUUUCAUCGGCGGCCUGAUUGUUCUGCUUGCUGGUUUGACUAGCCUCACCGUUGCUGUCACCUCAUCAACAUUAGCACCAAGCUACGUCGGGCUAGCCCUGUCGUAUGCAUUGGCUGCAUCUUUUUACUUAAACUGGUUUAUUCGGACUUCUGCCAUGGUUGAAAUGCACAUGAAUGCUGUGGAAAGAAUCAAGUACUACUGUGAGGUUCCAACCGAACAUUAUAAAGGCAAACUGCCUGAUCCGUCCUGGCCAGAAAAGGGGGCUGUUGCCAUGGAUGACAUAUCGGUGCGCUAUGCUGAGAACCUCGACCCUGUUCUGGAGGGUUUAUCACUGGACAUCAAAGCUGGACAAAAGAUUGGCAUAUGCGGCCGAACAGGCAGUGGAAAAUCCUCACUCACUCUGGCCUUGUUUAGAAUCGUAGAUACGUUCAAAGGCAAAAUUGUGAUUGACAGCGUGGACAUUGCAUCCUUGCCGCUGGAUCAUCUCCGACAGAAACUGUCCAUCAUUCCUCAGGAUCCCAUCCUCUUCACUGGCACAAUCAGGUUCAAUUUGGACCCACUGGGUCAGUGCAGCGAGGAGGAGCUGUGGAAUGCCCUGGAGAUAGCACAGCUCAAGGCUACGGUGUCUGAGAUAGGCCAAGGAUUAGAGUCCCAGGUCUCAGAAGGGGGUGAGAACUUCAGUGUGGGCCAACGCCAGUUGUUUUGCCUGGCCCGGGCCGUCCUGCGGAAGUCACGCAUCCUCAUUAUGGAUGAGGCGACAGCAUCCAUCGACAUGGAAACGGAUAACAUUGUCCAGAAAGUCGUGGCUGAGGAGUUCAAGGAUCAAACGAUACUUUCUAUAGCUCACCGAGUGACGACCAUACUGAAUGCAGACCGCAUCCUGGUACUCAACGAGGGCGCUGUAGCUGAGUACGACUCGCCUGAGAACCUCCUGGCUCGAGAGGACAGCUUGUUUACGUCGCUCGUCAGCAGUGCUCACCAGUAAUGCGAGCUGUUCAGUAGGGAACUUGCAGUGUGUUGCUGGCUUUCUGAAACUGACAAAGCAGUGUUAAUCAAUUUCUCUGUUUUGUGCACGGCGUGCCUGUGGCAGCCUGGCGAGGGGUAAGGGGUUAUCUGAGGUUUCGUUGCCACUUGGACUUGUGAGUUCUUGGGGAGUAACGUUUGUAUUUUAAUGCUGAAAUAUGCUCUUCCAAAACUGCGUCCAACGGUAAUACAAAAAUUUCUGAUAAAAUUUCUUGAUGACAACAGCCAUUACUGAGACCCAAGUUAGUGGGGGUGUCACAUUUACUAAACGGAUCCAGUAAUUAGCUCCAUACCUCAUGCACAUGGGCAAAAUUUGUUUCUCAUCGACGCAUUACUUUCAAGCCGCACAUGUCACUUGCAGGUGCAAGUAACUCCAGCAUUUUUGGCUGUAAUGGGUCAGUACAGCAUGGAACGAGGGCAGCAGUCUGUUGAUGCUAGUCUGAGAUACAUGUACUUUGAAUCUUGUGGGUCGCUGUUUUCAGAGUGGCACCCUUGAUGGCUGUGGAAGGGAUGAGUGUAGUAGUAAUGAAGUCCUUUUAGCCUCAAACGAGAUGUUUAUAUUUUGAAAUUUAAAAAUCAAGUUGUUUUUCCAACCUUACUCACCGAUUAUUUAACCAAAGUUUCCUGCAAUAGUGUUUAUUGUGCUGAAAUUUUAUACUUAAUAUCCUUAUGGUACUAACAGAGCUCAGCGUUAUAAUUAAGGGAUGAUUGUUUUUAUUGUUCAUUACCCACGGUAUUCAUCAAUUUUGUUCAAAAAAUAUUUGCAUGGGCUUUUGUGAAAACUAUUGAAAAAGCUGAUAUCAAGAUUUAUUUGAUACAUGUUGUAACCAAAUAUAUUUAAAGAAAUCGUUACAAAAGACAUUUAUCAUAAACUAAAUCCAGCAAUAUAACAUUCUGCUGAAACAAAAGUUAAUGGCGUACUCAUGAUUUUUUGGAUCGUGUGCAAUAAUAUUGAAGUUGUGAAAGUUUCAGGAAAUGCAAAAAUAACACAAUUGAAAUUUCAA